UAUAAACUUCAUAAAAAAUCUGUAACACCACAAUUAAAAUUAUGGCUCCAGUAUUUAGUAAAGUUGCCGCCCGUAAUUCUGCUGUGAUCGCUGCUUCAGUUGGCUUAGUAUACUGGAUUUCUACUGUACGAUUAAGAAGAGGAAGGAAAAGAGCAGAACUAGUGGAUGAGGUUGCUUGUGCAUAUGCUCAGAAAGAAGACAAAAAAGUUAGAGUGCAGGUUGACAUGAACUUUUUCAGGCAGUUGAAAGCAAUAUUGAAGAUAAUUUUGCCUAGUGUGUUUACAAAAGAGUUUGCUUAUGUUGUUAUGAUUGCUGGCACACUAGUUGGCAGGACAUUGUGUGACAUUUGGAUGAUACAUAAUGGUACUGUCAUAGAAAGGGCAAUCAUCACUCAAGAUAUAGCUCUUUUUAGGAAAAGUUUGGAAGCUUUUAUAUUUGCUAUGCCAAUGCUUUCUCUGGUGAAUAAUGCAAUGAAAUUUGGUUUGAAUGAGUUAAGGUUGCAUUUUCGCUCUCGAUUGACUAAGCAUCUUUAUGAUCGUUAUCUUAGUGGAAUAAUAUAUUAUAAGAUGAGCAACAUUGAUAAUCGAAUAUCUAAUCCUGAUCAGCUACUUACUCAAGAUGUUGACAAAUUUUGUGCUUCCGUUACAGACUUGUAUUCAAAUAUCAGUAAACCCACAUUAGACAUCAUUAUAUUUGUGCAAAGGCUAUCCUCUUCUAUUGGUGCUGAGGGACCAUCAUUAAUGAUGACUUAUUUAUUAUUUGCUGGACUUCUUCUCACCAGAUUGAGACGUCCGAUAGGAAAGAUGACAAUGACUGAGCAGAAGUUAGAAGGGGAAUUACGAUAUGUUAACUCAAGAUUAAUUACCAAUAGUGAAGAAAUUGCUUUUUACAAGGGUCAUGGCAGAGAGAAAGUCACCAUGCUGCAUGCUUUUCAAAGAUUGGUAAACCAUAUCAGAAUGUCUCAGCAUUUCAAUUUUGCGAUGGGUUAUAUUGACAAUAUUAUUGCCAGAUAUUGGGCCACUGUUGUUGGUUACCUUCUAAUCAGUCGUCCAUUUAUUGGGACUCAAAAGAAUUCAUUGUCACAUAGCGAAAGAUUAGAGUCUUAUUACAAAAGUGGUCGCAUGUUGGUCAAGUUGGCUGAAGCAAUAGGCAGAUUAGUUUUAGCUGGAAGAGAAUUGACAAAAUUGGCUGGCUUCACAGCACGAAUUACUCAACUCAUAAAAGUUCUUAAGGAUCUAAGUGAAGGAUCAUACGUGCGCACUAUGGUUGGGGAAGGAUCUAAAAGCUCUUUAUCAGGUGAUGAUAGUUCUAAGAAAAUGCUUCUUAUUCCUGGAUCUGGCACAAUCAUAAAUGUAGAUAAUUUAAUAAAAUUUGAUCGAGUACCUUUAGUUACUCCUAAUGGAGAUAUUUUAAUCGAAGAACUGUCAUUUGAAGUCAAGUCUGGUAUGAAUGUUCUUGUGUAUGGUCCCAACGGUUGUGGGAAAAGCUCCUUAUUCCGAGCUCUUGGUGAACUGUGGCCGUUAUUUGGUGGGACACUGAAGAAACCUGAAAAGAAGAAGCUUUUUUAUAUUCCUCAGAGACCCUAUAUGACUCUCGGAACAUUUAGGGAUCAAAUUAUCUACCCAGAUAGUCUUGAAGAUAUGAAAAGAAAAGGGAAGACAGAUUAUGAUUUGGAGUUCUUUUUAGAAAUGGUACAGUUAACGUAUUUAUUGGAGAGGGAAGGAGAUUGGAAUUCAAUUAGGGACUGGAUGGACUUGCUUAGUGGAGGAGAAAAGCAAAGAGUUGCUAUGGCAAGGCUUUUUUACCAUCGCCCACAAUUCGCUAUCUUAGAUGAAUGCACAAGUGCUGUUAGUGUUGACGUUGAAGGAUCUAUGUAUCAGUACUGUAGAGAGAUGGGAAUAACAUUAUUUACAGUUUCACACAGAAAAUCCUUGUGGAAACACCAUGAGUACACUUUAUACAUGGAUGGGCGUGGUAACUAUGAGUUCAAGCCAAUUGAGGAAUCUGAAGUUUAUGGUUCAUGAGCGUCAGUGACAACAAUUUAAAAAGCCUUCUGCUCUU